AUGCUGGUCCCCUGUGCGAACACCCAUGACCUUCGCCCUAAGAAAGACCGAGACUUGGAUAUCUCUAAAGCUACCGCUGAGGAGUUUGCACGACUCGUACACGCGGGAUACGAAACUCACGCCCUCGUCGCUAAGGACCCAGACUACAUCCACCGAGUCAUCGCUAGUGCUUCUUGCGAAGCAAAAGGCGACCCCCAAGACCUGGUCAACCUCAUGGCGAUCAGUUAA